UCCGCCCGCUCACGGCUGAGCAGCGUCUCUCUCGCUCGGCGGCCUCGGGCCGACAGUCCGGGGUACUUUGGGGACCUCCAGCCCCCAGGGCCGCGCGCAUAUACUACCCCUCCGCCUUUUGUUUGGAUAGGGUCGCCGGGAGCGCGGGAGGGGACCGCCUGGCCUUCGCCGAUCGCUUCUGCGACCACCAGUCCUCGCGCGGAGCCUGUUCCGUGAGCUGUGAAGACCCUCGAUCCGCCGGACGGAUCGAUUUGUGUUUUCUUCGGGUGACAAAAAGAUUUGGAAUCACUUGACCCAAAAACUUCUCUUUGGGUGACUUAAGACUCCACUGCAAGUUGUCUUUUUGAGGGGCUGACCCUCCAAACUUUGUCUGUUUUACCGCAGGGUCGCCCGCCCGGCGUCCCCAAUCUUUUCCGAGGGCAGACAUGGCCAAUUCGGGCCUGCAGCUGCUGGGCUUCGCCAUGGCCCUGCUGGGCUGGGUGGCCCUGGUGGCGUGCACCGCCAUCCCGCAGUGGCAGGUGAGCUCGUACGCGGGCGACAACAUCAUCACGGCCCAGGCCAUGUACAAGGGGCUGUGGAUGGACUGCAUCAUGCAGAGCACGGGCCUGAUGAGCUGCAAGUCGUACGACUCGGUGCUCGCGCUGUCAGCGGCCCUGCAGGCCACCCGAGCCCUGAUGGUGGUGUCCCUGGUGCUGGGCUUCCUGGCCAUGUUCGUGGCCACCAUGGGCAUGAAGUGCACAAACUGUGGGGGCGACGACAAAGUGAAGAAGGCCCGGAUAGCCGUGACCGGAGGCUUCAUUUUCAUCGUGGCAGGUCUUGCUGCCUUGGUGGCUUGUUCCUGGUACGGCCACCAGAUUGUCACAGACUUUUAUAGCGCCUUGGUCCCCAUGAAUCUUAAGUACGAGUUUGGUUCUGCCAUCUUCAUUGGCUGGGCAGGCUCUGCUCUGGUCAUCCUGGGAGGUGCCCUGCUCUCUUGCUCCUGUCCUAGGAGUGAGGGCAAAACCGGGUACCGUGCACCCCGCUCCUACCCUAAGCCCAACUCCGCCAAGGAGUACGUGUGAGCUGGGACCCCCUGCCCCAGCCUGGCAGCCUCUGGUGUGGCCAGGUACCAGAAAUGACCUGGGGCAGAUCUCAGCCCGUGGGUGGGGUGUGGAGCAGAAGCCUUGUCACGCCAGCCAGGGGUACCAUGUACAGUUCCCCCCGGGGUGGGGGUGGGGGGAGGGGAGGAGGGGGGAGGGAGACAAAAAAGAGGGGGAUUGGGUGUGCUUUUUGUACAGUAAUAAAAAAGUAUGUUUUGGAAAGUAGGCUUCUUUUUUUCCCCUUCAGGGCCUCUGCUUUCUUCCAACCCAAAUCCUUGCAGGGAACCUGGAACCUUUAAAUGCACCUGCUUCGGCUUAAAACAGAACAUGUACUGAGCACCAAUGGUGUGCAAGGCUCUCCAUGUGCCACCACUCCUUGUCAUUCAGGCCCCACCUCGGACCACUGACGCGAACAGACUCAAGUGCUUGCUUUCCCAUCUCUUCCCAUUCUUCUUCAGUCCCUUCUCCUCCCAACUCUUGCUUAGCUACCAAAGUGCCUUUCCGUAGAAAAAUAAAGACUUUAUUAGGCACCUUCCCCUAAUGCCCCUUUCCCACAUUCUGUCCAGAUGGGAAGCUACUCUGACUCACAGGUCAUGGGGCAGGGCCUCGCAAGACCCCAGAACAAAGGGGGGGGGGGGGGCAGGGACAGGGCAAGGCCAAUACAAA